UUUAUAGACCAGUAAGUUAUAUUUACUUGUUUGGACAUUGUUAUUCUGUUGCUAGGUUGAUUACAACAAUUUGUGGUGUUGAUAACUUAAAAAAUACAAGGAUAAACGCUUGAACAAAAGAAGUGGAUAUCAACCUCAUAUAUAGUAUAAACGUUAAGGAGUUUUAUAUCAGGCGAUUGAACUGGAAAAAAUGUCGUCGAAAAAAACGAAGAUUGUUAAACCAGUUGGUUCAGAACUAGAUCUCUGUACACAACAUCGGGAGAAAUAUAUCAAAUACUGCUCACAACACGAAAGUCCAUGUUGUACUAAAUGUACCACAGAGAAACACGUGUCGUGUAAAGAAGUCAUAUCAUUGGAUGAUGCUAUUCAUGCUUUUAAAGGGUCCGUCACAUUCAAAAAGAUUGAGAAGAGUAUAGCUGCUACAGCUAAAAAUAUUAAACAAAUCCGGAAAGAAAAUGAAACAAGUGUCUCUGGUAUUUCCGAGGAGAAAGCGAGAAUUGAAAAUGAAAUUCAGCAGGCUAGAAAUAAAAUAAAUAAACAUUUGGAUAAAAUACAGGACAAAAUGUCUAAAGAAUUAGUCGAAGCGACGAAUAAAGCAAAGAAAAAGAGCAGCGAUUUAAACGAUUUCAUAAUUGAAAUGGAAAGGAGCAUUGUAGAACAACAAUUUAAAAUUGAUAAAGUUAAAAAGGAUGCUAUAGAUCUUCAAAGUUUCUUAUCUAUGAAGGCAACGGAAACGGAACUUAAUAAAAUGGAUAAAACAGUAAAUUCUAUCAUUAACGAUGGUGAAGAUGGAUUAAUAAGUAUCAAUUUCAAUCUCGAUCCCGCCAUGGAGAAUUUGGCGCUAAACGCAAACAGAUUCGGUCACGUGACAAUGGAGGUUAAACCUUUUCUCAGUAAAAGCAUAGAGGAAAUCAGUUUGGAUUUACUAAAACCAAUAAACACACAGGUCAAACAAACAGAAGGGUGUUGUUUACUAGACAACGGAACGUCGGUAUUUUCAGACUUUUUGAAGGAUCGCGUAACGGUCCUCAGUGAGAAUGGAGAAGUCGAUGUUCAAAUCCCGAUCAAAUCCUCACUUCAUGGUCUCGCAGUUAUCGAUAGUCAAACAAUAGCUGUUUCCCCCGGAGGCUCAGCACCACAUGCUAUAAAUAUCGUCGACAUUAAAGACAAAUCAAUCAAGAAGACUAUUCCAGUUAAUUCCGAAGUUGAUGGUAUGGUAUACAUAAAGGAUAAUCUAAUCUUCUGCGCACGGGGAGACGGUAUACGGAAAACAAAUCUUACAAACGGUGUCACGGCCACAAUUCUACAAUGUAACCUAGGCCAGUUUGCCAACAUUGCCAACUUUAAAGACAAACUUUAUGUCACGGACAGAGACGAGCACACAGUGACAUGUUGUGAUAUAAAAGGUUCUGUUCUUUGGACAUUCCAGGACACCAAAGUCCUUCAGAGGCCAUGGGGUAUUACAGUAGACAAGGAUGGGAACAUUUAUGUCGUUGAUUGGAAAGAUAAAUUGAUGGUUUUAUCUGCUGAUGGCAAAAGGUACAAACAAUUACUUUCUGCCAAAGAUGGUCUGAAAAGUCCGACUACUUUGUUUUACAAUAAACGUGGAAAUCAGCUGCUGAUAGCAAACGAGAAGAACACUGCUCUCUUGUACAAAUUAGUGUAAAUCAAGGGCAUGCUUGACAGUUAUGUAAGAAAGCACUUCUAAUCAGUGAUUUGUAUAUUGAAUAAAGUCAAAAAAAAAAGAAUGUUUACACAAUGACAACAAUAUUAGGGAAUAUUUCGUUGGAUAAAUUGAAUUAUUAUAUUAAAAAAAGGUUUAUGUAUAAGAAAAAAAAAGUGUUACCG